AUGGAGUCUCUCAGACCAAAUCCAACACUUUCCAAUGAUCUCAUCAGCGAGAUUCUCGUACGCGUGCCAGUGAAAUCACUAAUUCAGUGCCAAUUAGUCUCCAAAACCUGGCUUUCCCUGAUCAAAGACCUUGUCUUCGUUAAAGCCCAACUCCGCCGAGCAAUCAGAAGCGGAUUUGAUCAAACUACUCUUAUGAUUCUCCGCUAUUCAUGUUCCACUUCGACGGAAAGUGCUAAGCUGAAGUUAUCACUCUUUGACGUGGACUCGAAACAAAUUGUGUCUGAAAUUAAGUAUCCGUAUUCUCAAGGUGAGUCUAGAUCCCUGCCUCCUUUAACAGUUGUUGGUUCUGCUAAUGGCAUUGUUUGUGUUGUCCUUCACGAAACUUCACGCAUGGAUAGAUUCUUUCUUUGGAAUCCUGCUACUAGACAAUCAUCAAGUGUUAUUCCUGGAAGGGGCUUCAGUACAUCCCGCGCUAUUGGUUUUGGUUAUGAUCCGGUAGACGGGGAUUAUAAGAUUGUUGUUGUUGGUGUAAUGAUGGUGUUUGAUUUGAACAAGGAGGUCAUGAAUUGUGCUAUUAAGCUCCAUGUUGUUGCUGCUGGCGGUGUUGGUGUUGAUGGUGAUGAUGAUGAGGACGACUUUGACGAGGAUUUUUAUGAUGCUCAACCUGAAACUCGUAUUAUCGAGCUUGAUAAGUCUAUUGCUGUCAUUACGUUGUGGGCUGAUGCAUCGCAUGAUGACAGAAAUGGUUGGAGAUAUUUGGACAAGAAGAUUAACAUGUGGAGGCUGGAUGAUGAUGCAUGCCUUAAAGGUGGUGGAGUUGAGGCAUCAUGGACGAUAAUGUUUUGUAUUGAUUUGGAGAUGUCAGGAAUACUUCUAAAUGGCUAUUUCAGCAAUGGGGAACUCCUACUACUAGUAAGACAUGAUGCUGAUGAUCAUCACAUGUGGAUCUCGUGUGAUGCUGACAAGAAAGAGGCCAAGAUUGCUCGAGUUGAGAUGGCUGGUCAUCAUUACACUCAUCGUGUUGAAAGGUAUACAGAGAGCCUGGUUUCACUCCCAGGAUUCGAACAGAUUAAGGACUGGAAUGACCGCGAUGAUGAUAAUUAA